AUGCGGCGAGUCCUUGAUAGGUUGCAGGCGGUAGAGAAUGAUAAGAGCAAUGAGACGAAUCCAGUGCUUUGUCAGACUGAGUAUGGUUCUUUAGAUCUGACAGAGAUCGCAAAGCUCAUUGUUCGUACUCCGCGGCUCUUCGAUGUAACCAUAUACACAAUAUGCAAUCAGGAACCGAUCGCGAUCGACAUCAAAAUAGAGGAGAUGCUGGUUAAUGAGGUGUCUCUGUUCGUCUGGGAUGAACAAGUCUUCACCAAUGCAGCAAAUGACUUCAGAGGGGUCCCAAUGGAUGACCUGGUAGGCUAUAUGGCAGAGCUCACGAAGCAUAGGCUGAAGGGGCCAGACGCCAGGUGUAGUACAGAGAUCGAGAUGUAUACAAAGUGA